AUGGCAGAUAAACGGCAAUUUUUAAACACUGUGACUUCAGUACAAGAACUUGAAGCAUGGGCUCAUGACCACAACCUGGAAGAAUGUCAAGAAGUCAACCUUAAACGCAUUGAGUUACUAUCUAAAGAACUGAUUUUUAACAAUGAAAAUACACCUUCAAAAACCGACUAUGUUUGCAACGUUUGUCAGCGGUGCUUUAAGUGGAAUAAAGACCUCUUACGACACACCCGUACAGUCCAUGGGAAUGAACGAUUCCAGUGUGUUAAAUGUGGACAUUCAUUUUCCCGUCUGAAUAACUAUAACAGUCAUCAAUGCUCACUAAAACGGACAUCGUCAGAAGCCAACCAACAGGCCAAACGACAGUGCCUACGACCUCUCGGUAACAAUGUCAACAAAAACUCCGACCCUUGUGAUGUACCAGCCCGGCUAGCUAAGUGUAAUUGGUGUGGUCACGUGAAGUGUUUACUUCCCGGUAAGCGCUUUUGCGAGGGUUGUUCAACAAAAGGUCGGGAAUGCAGCCAGUGUCAUAGACCAAAACCCGAGCGGUUCUACAGUCAACGGGUCAACCAGUGCGAUAGGUGUAUCCACCGGCGUGAACGCUACGAAGAAAGACGAAACCAGGUUGGAGCGGGCCGUAUAGAUGCACUCUAG